GCGCUGAGUAUAUAAACUACAUAUAUUGGUUUCUGCUUGAGAAGUGGUAGUACAAAUUAACUUUGGCAGGAUAAGAGUUUUGCAUCAGCGCUUAUAAACAGAACCACACCAUCGGACAAAAGUCAUGUUCGGACGUCUGGUGACACUUUUGGCGACAGCCUUGGGCAUAGCGUCGUCUGCAAGUGUGUCAUUCACCCAACUGCAACCACAGGGCUUCCGCUUCAGCUUACAAGAUCAACCUGGUAUAAGCCUUGUUGGGUUCCACUAUGACGUAAACAAUCCACUUCCGGGGGUUGCGGCGGGGAAAUAUUCACUCGAUAUCCGAACCAAAACGGGCAACGAGUGGGUGUAUGAGAACCCUAACCUGACUCUGAGGCCCGGGGAUCAGAUCCACUACUGGUACCUGGUCGUCGACUCCACUGGUGGGCACACAGUCACCGACCAGACGUGGACUGUGCCUUCGCCAAUGACGACAACACGAAAAGCAACAACAGCAAGACCAACUACAGUCGGUCACGCUCACGAAAAUUCAGGAACCACGCACUUCGUCGGCAGCAAUCUUCUCAACUACUUGCAGAACCAUACUUCCGGUUCGGCGCCAGCCGCAGGCACUGAAACGCAGUCUGGUGCAAGUGCGGCACCAAACACCGGUGUUGUUUCGAAUACUAACACCAACACCCAGGUGAGCGGCUCAAAUUCAGGGGGAAGUGGCUCCUGCGGCUGCACCGGAAGAUCCAUUCGGCCGCCUGGCUCUGAACUCACGUGUAGCACAUUCCCGUGCCUGAUAUUUGAUGACGAGUUUGACACUCUUAAUCUGGACGUUUGGGAACACGAAAUCACGGCUGGCGGUGGAGGGAACUGGGAGUUCGAGUACUACACAAACAACAGGUCCAACAGUUACGUGAGGGACGGGAAGUUGUUCAUUAAACCGACUCUCACUCUCGAUUCGCUUGGCGCUGGACCCGAUGGCUUGACGAAAGGAGCUCUAGAUAUUUGGGGCGGUCAACCCGGGGAUGUGUGCACCGGAAACAACUUCUGGGGCUGCCGACGGGACGGUACGCCGGAACACAUUAUAAACCCCAUCCAGUCUGCGCGUCUCCGCAGCUCCCGGGGCUUCAACUUCAAGUACGGAAAAGUCGAGGUCCGGGCCAAGAUGCCUAACGGAGAUUGGUUGUGGCCAGCUAUCUGGUUGCUACCCCUCCGCAACGCUUAUGGAAAAUGGCCAGCGUCUGGCGAAAUUGACAUUGUAGAGGCCAGAGGCAACCAGAAUUACCAUGACGACAAAGGAAAUGACCAGGGCAUCAAUAACGCUGGAAGUACUCUGCAUUUCGGGUCAGAUUUCUGGCACAACAAAUGGCCCUCUGCUCACGGAGAACGCCUGAGCACAUCCGGCACAUACGGGGACAGCUUCCACAUCUACACCCUGAUAUGGGACGAGGAUCACAUCAGCAUUUCAAUUGACGGUGACGAGGUAUUGAACGUCACACCACAGACAACAAUGUGGGCUUUUGGCGGCAACGAUCAGGACGGAGUGGAGAAUCCCUGGGCGUCGGGUACAAAAAUGGCUCCUUUUGACCAAGAGUUUUUCCUGAUUCUCAACGUCGCGGUUGGCGGUACGGCGUUCUUCCCUGAUACAUUCGUUAACCCAACCGGUAAACCGUGGUCGGAUAAAUCUGACUUCGCAGCACGUGACUUCUGGAACGCGCGUGCGCAGUGGUACCCCACUUGGCAUGCGGACCAAAACAACGGGGAGGACGCCGCUAUGCAGGUUGACUACAUCCGGGUCUGGAAACUCAAGCCAUAAACUCAUCUGGAAAGAUGGUGUGUGCAUGAUGAGCUGCUGUGAAGUGUUUGAAUGACGUAUUUAAAAUAAAAACCACACUUUAAACAUA